GGAGGGAGGACCCUGCGAAAGCUGCGACUAUCCCUCGGGGCCAUGGACUCGGACGCCAGCCUGGUGUCUAGCCGCCCGUCGUCGCCAGAGCCUGAUGACCUUUUCCUGCCCGCCCGGAGCAAGAGCAGUGGGGGCAGCGGCUUCACGGGGGGCACCGUGUCCUCGUCCACGCCUAGCGACUGCCCGCCAGAGCGGAGCGCCGAGCUGCGCGGAGCCAUGGGCGCGGCGGGCGCGCACCCGGGGGACAAGCUGGGCGGCGGUGGCUUCAAGUCAUCCUCGUCCAGCACCUCGUCGUCCACGUCGUCAGCGGCCGCGUCGUCCACUAAGAAGGACAAGAAACAGAUGACUGAGCCCGAGCUGCAGCAGCUACGCCUCAAGAUCAACAGCCGCGAGCGCAAGCGGAUGCACGACCUCAACAUCGCCAUGGACGGGCUGCGCGAGGUCAUGCCGUACGCGCACGGCCCGUCGGUGCGCAAGCUCUCCAAAAUCGCCACGCUGCUGCUGGCGCGCAACUACAUCCUCAUGCUCACCAACUCGCUGGAGGAGAUGAAGCGACUGGUGAGCGAGAUCUACGGCGGCCACCACGCCGGCUUCCACCCAUCGGCCUGCGGCGGCCUGGCGCACUCAGCGCCCCUGCCCGCCGCCACCGCGCACCCCGCGGCCGCCGCCCACGCGGCGCACCACCCGGCGGUGCACCACCCCAUCUUGCCGCCGGCCGCUGCGGCCGCCGCCGCCGCUGCAGCCGCCGCCGCGGUGUCCAGCGCCUCCCUGCCCGGCUCCGGCCUGUCGUCGGUCGGCUCCAUUCGUCCCCCUCACGGCCUGCUCAAGUCUCCGUCGGCGGCGGCGGCAGCCCCGCUGGGGGGCGCGGGCGGCAGCGGCGGGGGCGGCGGCGGCUUCCAGCACUGGGGCGGCAUGCCUUGCCCCUGCAGCAUGUGCCAGGUGCCGCCCCCGCACCACCACGUGUCGGCCAUGGGCGCCGGCAGUCUGCCGCGCCUAACCUCCGACGCCAAGUGA